AUGCCGUCCAGGGUGGUUGAUGUCCCUCUUCUGAGCAAUCGGCUGGCCUCCACCGCCAUGCGUGCAUUGCAGGUGGAUGCGGAGUUGUCCCCUUUGGUGCGGCGAAAUUUCACCGUGGUUGCAGCGGACCGGGUCAAUGGCGAUGUUGCUGAGGAGCAGAAGAAUGCUGCGGAUGAUUCUCACAAGACGAUCCUGCGCACCGAGUACAGUGCAACUACCAACCGCAUGCUUCGAGUCGCUGUCAAUGGCUUCAUGGAAUCGCUCGGCGUUGUCCUACAGGUGAUGCAAGAAUUAGAUGUGGAUGUGCUUGAGUCGAGAUCAUGA